GUCUAUGCUAGCAGAAACCGCGGCAGAUCAAAGCCUGGAAAAAAUGAUUGCUUUGCUAUAUCAAAGGUUAUACACAGUGGUCAAACCCUUUUAACAGGUAACCCUGGGACCGGCCUCCAUAACCGAUUAUGGCAAUUCUUCCGAAACAAAGCUACAAUCUACGGACCAAACCACGAGCAGCCCCUAUCAUCGCUCUCUUUCGAUUUUUGCUGGAUACACAAGACGUUAAAUUGCCAACGCUCUAAUUUAAAUCGAUUUCACCUCAUAUCAUGGCUUUCAGCCAUUGCGUUCGCCGCCAAGGCUAAACAUAAAACGGUUAAGGAUCUGGGAAUUCUGCAAAUCCUUUUGGCAUUUGCGAUGGGCCCCAAUAUAGCCGACAUUCUCCCGCCUCCCAUCGAUCGGUUUAAAUUGGCUAACGGCGCAGGUCAUAAAAAAACUGAAGAUCGCUCCUUCCCUGCGGUUUCCAAACCCUAA